AUGUUAGAAACGAACCUUCGCGUGCUACAGUUGAAUAUUAUGAAAUCGGGACCAGGAAUGGAAGCCCUUAUUAACGACCAUCAAAGCCAGAACCUGGAUGUUCUCCUAAUCCAGGAACCGUCCAUCACCAGAUAUCAGACCCACGUCAACCACAGUGCCUGGCGGCUAUACCGACCGACCGUCGACACGGACGCGGUUCGGUUUCGCAGCCUCGUGUAUGUUAACCGUAACCUCUCUCCUUCCUCCCACCGGCAGAUUCGGUGCGAACACCCAGACAUUACCGCCAUCAAGAUCUGGACUGCCGACUCCCAAACUCUCCUUUUCUCCGUCUACCUCCCUUCUGUCCCGCUGUAUGCCCCCAAUGAAGGGUCGGCAGAACCAAUACUCUCAGCAAUUCAAAACACAAUUUCAACCGCCCGGCAGGACGGCCGGCGGUCCACAACCGUUAUCCUGUCAGGAGAUUUCAACCGUCAUCACCUAAUGUGGGGCGGCAACCACAUCCAACCAAGAUUUAUUGAAGACGCAUGCGAACUCAUCACCUUCUUCCAAGAGCAUAACCUACAAACCUGCCUGCCUCGAGGCACAGCGACCUUCUGGCCCCUUAACGACCCAGGAAAAAGCACUACCAUUGACCAGACGGUAACGGACCGACCGGACCUGCUUAUCAAAUGCCAUCUUUAUCACGAAAACUACGGGUCGGACCACCGAGCAACAUACUCGGAGUGGGGCCUUAAACCCCAUCACAAGCCCAGCGCUAAGACAAGGAAAGCGUACGAACGAGCAGACUGGGACAAGAUCGGGGCCGAAGUGCUCCAGCGGAUGGGCCCAUGGAAAGAGAUUAGAACAAGACCGGCGCUUAACGAGACAGUCGAACGGCUCACGGAAAUCACGGCAUCCGCCGUGGAGACCCACACUCCAGACCGACGCCCAUCUUCUUAUUCUAAACGCUGGUUCACGCCAGACCUCAAAAUCCAACAGACCGAGGUCAACCGCUCGCGUCGGAAAUGGCAAGAGAGCUGCGCGGGACAUGGGCGAGACCAUACACACUCGGUGACCCUCUUCCAAGAGAUGCAGCAAAAGCGUCGGACCUGGACCCGUACUAUUGAAAAAGCCAAAAGGUCACACUGGAAACAGUUCCUGGACGGAGCUGGGGAAGGAAAGCUAUGGAAAGCUGCUACCUACAUGAAACCGCGAGAGGCCUGGGGCAGUGUCCCGGCCUUGCAUGUCGAUUCGAACAUCCUAGUAGAGAACGAGGACAAGGCGCGGGCAUUCUUAGACACUUUCUUCCCUAGGAUGGACCAACCGCAUGAAGACCUACUAGUCGAGACCCCACUGGAGCUACCGUGGCCACCUUUCACGGAACUGGAAAUCCAUCGAUCUCUUAAAGCAGCCAAAAGCUCUACGGCACCAGGCGAGGACGGUCUACCAACGCCUGUGUGGAAACACCUAUGGAAGCAUCUGGGAAAGCUCAUCACCAGAAUUUUCACAGCAUCAAUCGGCUUAGGACAUCACCCGAAACGAUGGCGGGGAGCAAAGAUCGUAGUAUUGCGGAAACCAGGGAAGCCGGACUACUCAAUCCCUGGAGCGUAUCGCCCGAUCUCGCUCCUCAACACACUCGGAAAACUUCUUGAGGCAGUCAUAGCCCGACGAUUGUCGUACCUCGCCGAGAAACACGGCUUACUACCCGAUACGCAAUUCUGA